GAAGCGCCGCGCCGCUUCCGUCGCCGCCGCCUAGUCCACCUUGCUCGCCAGGCUGCGACCGCCCUAGGACUUUGAAUAUGUCGGGGAUCGCCCUCAGCAGACUUGCCCAGGAGAGGAAAGCUUGGAGAAAAGACCACCCAUUUGGUUUUGUGGCUGUCCCAACAAAAAAUCCCGACGGCACGAUGAACCUCAUGAACUGGGAGUGCGCCAUUCCAGGAAAGAAAGGGACCCCUUGGGAAGGAGGCUUGUUUAAACUGCGGAUGCUCUUCAAAGACGACUAUCCAUCCUCACCUCCGAAAUGCAAAUUUGAACCACCGUUAUUUCACCCGAACGUGUAUCCUUCUGGCACUGUAUGCCUGUCCAUCCUCGAGGAAGACAAGGACUGGAGGCCAGCCAUCACAAUUAAGCAGAUCUUAUUAGGAAUACAGGAACUUCUAAAUGAACCAAAUAUCCAAGAUCCAGCUCAAGCAGAGGCCUACACAAGUUACUGCCAAAACAGAGUGGAAUAUGAGAAAAGGGUUCGAGCACAAGCCAAGAAGUUUGCACCCUCAUAAGCAGCGACCUGCGGCAACAUCAAAAGGAAGGGAUUGGUUUGGCAAGAACUUGUUUACAACAUUUGCAGAUCUAGCAUUGCUCUAUACAAUUACUAAUCACCUAGGGGAGGCAGGCGGGCGCCAUUUUCCAUUUCCGCCACUGGUACACAGUUCUCCACUUGCUGAAUUGCCCAGUUUUUCAUACAGGGUCUCUUCCUUCAGUCUUUUGUAUUUUUGAUUGUUAUGUAAAACUUGCUUUUAUUUUAAUAUUGAUGUCAGUAUUUCAACUGCUGUAAAAUUAAAAACUUUUAUAUUUCUACGAGUCCCUGAGGAGCUAGUUCCUUUUGCUCGUGGGUGCAGGCAUGCUUCCCACUGUCAGAGCUACACAUAGCCUCCAGCUGGCUGUAUGAAAAAGAAAUCGGCCUGUCCCCCGCCCU